AUGGUACGACUUGUGCAGACGAUACCUGCUGUAAAAGCAGAAGCAAAUGGCUCAGAGCAAAACCCAAGAGACUCGAGCAGCCUUGAACCUGAACUUGAUCAAAUUUUGCUUGAGCCUGCUAUGGAAAGAAAAAGCAAUAAGCUUGAUCGCCAAUCACCACCAUCGAGAACUCCUGCUGGUAAGAUUUGGUACAAAACAGUAGCAACAGCUCGCUGUCUGAUAAAUGCAGUGGUAAAUUUCUUGGAAUACCCCAAAACUUGGGUGGAAGCAACACGUGACAUGCUGAUGGUUGUGGCAACCAUGAUAUCAACUACAACUUUCCAAGCUGUAAUUGACCCACCCGGUGGUGUUUGGGAGGAGGAUAAAACAAAUGGAACUAUUUCUUAUUGCACCGAUGAUAACAAAUGCUUAGCUGGAACUGCAGUGGCAGGCAACAGCCUCCGAGAUGACUUCCUCAUGUUCGUAAGAUUCAAUACCGUCUCGUUCAUUGCUUCUCUCAGUGUCACCCUGUUGCUUGUUGGAGGAUUUCCGCUCCAGAAUCGUCUAAUUAUGUGGCUUUUAUCAAUGGCCAUGUGUAUCACUCUCUCUUCUAUGGCAAUAACCUAUAUGCAGGCUCUCACGUUAGUGCUCCCUGGAGCUGAAAUUUUUGAUUCAUAUGAGGGUAUAUUUGUUAUAUCCGGUUUUGCUUGGUGGUCAUUGCUUCUGUCCAUCGCUUUAAUCCACACCAUUCGUUUUAUCAUUUGGUUGGCGAGGAAGUUUUCGCGCAGGUUCAAGCAUAAUAUCCCAAAAAGCCUCAGGAUUAACGCUGUUGAUAGUUUGACUGCACCUGCACGUCACCGUACCAACAAAUUCUGA